UCCUUGGUUUGUGAUACCAAGUUUUCUCUGAAAUUGAGAGGGAUGAGUAGGAGAGCGAAGAUGAUCCCUUGAAUUUCGCUCUGUAUGCUGUUGAUCUUGUGUUCAAGCUCUAUACCGGUGGGCCGGCUGUAGGCUGUUGGUGCAGCAGCACAAGCUGAAUUUGCUCGAGGUGAAGUAUAGUUCAUCUUUCGCUUGUGCUCUCUCAUCCAUCACCAGGGCAUGGCGCCGGUGAAGGUGUUCGGGUCGGCGGCGUUCACGAACGUGGCUCGGGUGCUGGUGUGCCUGGAGGAGAUCAGCGCCGACUACGAGAUCGUCGACAUCGACUUCCACGUCAAGGAGCACAAAAGCCCUGAACACCUCGCCAGAAACCCAUUUGGACAGGUUCCGGCGUUCCAGGACGGCGACUUGAUGCUGUUCCAGUCCCGAGCAAUAUCGCGGUACGUUCUGAGGAAGUACAAGACCGACGAGGUCAACCUACUGAGGGAGGGCGACCCCGAGGAGUCCGCGCUCGUCGACGUCUGGCUGGACGUGGAGGCCCUCCAGUACGACCCCGCCAUGAGCUCGGUCUUCUUCCAGCACCGCGUCGUCCCGGCGCUGGGCGGGACGCCCGACGAAACCAUCAUCGGCGAGAGCGUCGAGAAGCUGAGGAAGGUGCUGGACGUGUACGAGGCCCGGCUGACGAAGCACAGGUACCUGGCGGGGGAUUUCGUGAGCCUGGCGGACCUCAGCCAUGUCCCCGAGGCGCACUACUUCAUGGAGAUGCCGUACACGGCGGUGUUCGACUCGUACCCUCGCGUCAGGGCGUGGCUGGAGGAUCUGUUCGCCAGACCGGCAGUCAAAAAGGUCGUCUCCCUCAUGGCCAAUGACUUUAGUGGAUGACGUGAGAGUCUCUUCAUGGAUGGCGCAUGAUUUCCCUCUUACUAGUAGGAUCUGAGAAGAAGUAUAUCUUGUUUGAAGAUUGUACACUUGCCUUUGUCCAGUGAGAAAAGUCGAAUUAUGUCAUUGUCAUGUAUAUAUGCUUGGAUAUUGCGUGUGA